AUGUCACAAGACUUUGCAUCGAAUUCUCUUCCGACGUUUAAAUUACUUCUUAUCGGUGAUUCAUGUGUUGGCAAAACUUCAUUAUUAAUCCGUUUUAAAGAUGGUAUAUUCAUAAAGGGUAGUUAUAUUUCAACUGUUGGAAUUGAUUACAAGACAAAAACAGUAAAAGCUAAUGAUCAAUUAGUUCGUUUACAAAUAUGGGAUACAGCUGGACAAGAGAAAUUUCGUAGUUUAACAAAAUCAUAUUAUCGUGAUACUAAUGCUGUACUACUUGUAUAUGAUAUAUGCAAAAUGGAUUCAUUUAGUAAUAUAAAAUCAUGGAUGAGUGAAAUCAAUGCAAAUAUACAAUCAAAUAAUAAUAAUAUACUUAUUAUAUUAGUUGGGAAUAAAUUAGAUGAAGAAAGAAAUCGUAUGGUCACUAAAAAAGAAGGUGAACGUUUAGCUCAACAAACGGAUGCAUUAUUCUGGGAGACAAGUGCUAAAACUGGGGCUAAUGUCGAUUCAAUGUUUCAUUGUAUAGCUGAACGUUUACUUGAAAUUCAAACACCAAUGUGUACCAUUUCAUCAACGAAUUCAACUCAACAAUCAAAUGGUUAUUCAACAACUAUCAAUGAAAUUCAUAAUUCAAUAUCAUCAAAUCAAUCAUCGAAAUCACAAUCAUUUAAAUUAAACCAUUCAACCAAACCAUUACGUAAUUGUUGUUCUAGUUAA